AUGACCUGCAGCACGAGCCAAACACAGGUGGGGCUUCAGGGCGUCUCCACUACCCUCAGUUUCAGAGACGCCGCUCGCCGCGUGGUCCUCAUGUGCCGCGUCUGCCGCUGCUUCAUAUCCGGCUCCAACAAUCCCUACUGCAUGGAGAAGCUGCUGGGAGAACUUGCCCAGUGUGCUACCAAGUACAAAGGGCUGGCUUUGGACGUGAAAAGCUUCAAAGUGACAGAGGACCAGAUCCCCCUCGUGUUGGUGGAGAUCAUGCAGAAGCGUCCAGAUUGGCGUUCUGAGGAAGAAGUGCGUCUCCUCCACAGCACGAUGACCUCUCUGAACGUCUUCCGUCACCACAGCGACACUCUGCAGCUCCUGUUGGCCAGGGUGGUCCGAUACCAGAGGCUGGGGAAGCGUAGGGUGGUAAUAAGAAGAGGUGACGCUGGACACAGCUUCUACUUCGUCUUGUCUGGACUGCUGGCCGUGACUAAAGACAAAGACGGAAGCAGCGCGUUUGUGGACAAAGAGCUCAUCACCAUUAAAAAGGGCAUGAGCUUCGGGGACGUGGCUCUGAUUAAAGGCUUGCGGAGAAACGCUACGGUGGUGUGUCUGGAGGAGACGGAGCUGAUGGUGAUCGAUAAGGAGGAAUUCUUCGGUUACGGGCUGGACCUGCAGCUGAAGAAAGAGUCAGAUUAUCGCUUUAACUUCUUCAGGUCUCUGGAGCUGCUGUCUUCAUGGUCCUCCUCGUCCAUCGAGCACAUAACUGAACAUUCUAAGGCUGAACGCUUUCGCUUUGAACACAUAGUGGAAAAGGAGGCAAACAACGAGAUGAGCAGCAUCAUCUUCAUAGCGGAGGGUCAGUGUGACGUCCUCAGAGUGGUGGAUUUAACGUCUUGUAGCAGCAGCUGUCAGCGCUACAUCAGACCACGUCAGAAUACAGGAGCCCAUGGAAGCAGGAGUCCUGAAGGGCGGAGAGAUGGGAGCACUUCUAAGAACAAACCCCGCCCCCUGACACAAGCUCCUCCCACUGACCUGCCCUCAUCUGCCUGCUUCCUGAUUGACAGCCUGCGCCAGGGGAGCACUUUUGGCUUGAACGAGUAUCUGUUGCCGGUGAAGCAGAGAGACGGCCGCAGGUUCACGCUGCUCAGUAAGACAGUGCAGGUAGUCAGGCUGGAGAAGUCUCGCUUUGAUGAGCUGGUGGAUCCUGACACACUGAAGAAGCUGGAGGACCUGCAAAAAACCUAUCCUAGGUGGGACUUUGUGCUCGCGGUUCAUCCAGUGGCGCCUUUAUCGCGGCGCUGCCGGAGCUUCAGCCUCGGCUCGGAGCUUCAGCCUCGGCUCGGAGCCCCGGAGGAAACAGCGCGGAGCCUCUCCGUCCGCCUGUCCGCCUGUCUGUGCCGGACGGUCCGACUCUCCGCAGCCCCGGUCCGCUCUGCUGGUGAGGAGCUGACAGCUGGCGUUCUCCUCACCGGUGCGCUGUCCGAGGGAAGAAGGGGACAGACGGACAGAAAAAGGAAAAUCUCAGCCUUAAACGAGCAGGAAGAGGUCCGAUUCUGA